GGAGCACAAGCCUUUAAAAAUGCACUGCAAGAGUUGUGCAUUGGUUACCAGCUCUGGACACCUUCUGGGAAGUAAACAAGGUGACAGAAUCGACGAGACGGAGUGCGUAAUACGAAUGAAUGACGCGCCUACUCGAGGUUAUGGAAAAGAUGUUGGUAACAAAACGAGCCUUCGAGUCAUUGCACACUCCAGUAUUCAGAGGAUUUUGCGAAAUCGCAAUGAACUCUUAAAUAUGAGCCAUGGUGCUGUGUUUAUCUUCUGGGGUCCUAGCAGCUACAUGAGGAGAGAUGGUAAAGGCUUAGUGUAUAAUAACCUGCAGCUGAUGAAUCAGAUACUGCCUCAAUUAAAAGCAUAUAUGAUUUCUCGCCACAAGAUGCUUCAAUUUGAUGAGCUUUUUAAAAGAGAAACUGGAAAAGACAGGAAGAUAUCCAACACUUGGCUUAGCACGGGCUGGUUCACAAUGACUAUCGCCUUAGAGCUCUGUGACAGGAUAAAUGUUUAUGGCAUGGUGCCACCGGAUUUCUGCAGGGAUCCUAAUCAUCUUUCAGUACCUUAUCAUUAUUAUGAACCUUUGGGACCUGAUGAAUGCACAAUGUACAUUUCACACGAGCGGGGACGAAAGGGCAGUCAUCAUCGCUUCAUCACAGAGAAACGAGUGUUUGAGAACUGGGCACGGACAUUCAAUAUUCACUUUUUCCAACCAGACUGGAAACCAGAACCACUCACUGUGAAUCACCCCGAGAUUAAACCGGUGGUCUGA